CAAGAAUGCAAUGGAGGUCAGGCGGACCACUUUGCUGCGCCAGUCGGGCACUGAGACAAACGCCACACUACGACGCCUAUACGGGGCACGGGCAUGACGAAAGUGAAAAAUGCAAAGGUGGUCACGCGAAUUGUGCCCGAAGGGCAGCCAAGGCAGAAACGUGAAGCCAGGGAGAGUGCAGGAGGGUGCGGGGGUAAUGGGCAAACACAAAAUACAACGGGAAGGCAAGCCCCUCAUCUUCAGACCUGACCUGAAGCAGACGCUCGAUCGCUCAGGCUAGCAGAAGCCAGGCCCGUAAAUAAUUGCCAUUGGAAAUAUCAGGCCACCUGCACGAAAAUGGAUUGGGCCAACACGCACCUCGAAUUUCCUGCAGAGGACAAGGACUCCUUUUCCCACGAGCCGCGCCGGUCCCUCGUCGUGAGAAAGGUCCUCUCGGACAGCGUACCCAAGAAAUGGGAACUCACAACAGAGGAAGAAUGGAAGCAGUGGCUCCACGAAGAGCAUUUCCAUCAGCACCAAACACCAGGGAUAGGGGUCAUCUUGGCAGCGCGGCCCCCAGGAGCCCAGGAUGAUGCCGCGGGAGACGACGAAAGCUCGCAAAUCGGUGGGAACGAUGGCAUGCUCCUCACGGAGCUCCCGUUCUCGAGAGUAGCAUUUGAUGAGAUCAUCAAAAAAUUCCUCGUUCACCCAUCCAUCACCAAGGCUAUCCAAAGGCCAGGGCCGAUUUUCUCGCGGACUCACAUCAGGAUCAGCAAUCCUCACGAGCCCGCAAUCGCGUAUGUCUGUCGCACGUCGAGUGCCUGGGAUGGUGAUAUUGCGCUCUCUGCCACCCACUUUCCCAGAACUGGCUUCACCUCUGCAGUCGUCUUCGGCUGCGAGUUCGACGAUGAGGCCGUGCGUGGCAACAUGCGGAUCCCAACCUCGAGCCUGAAGUCGGGAGAUAGAAUCACGGGACUACUGAGCAAUUCAGAAGCUACCGUGGCCCACCCAAUGCUCCUCGUGGGAAUUCUCGCCGAGGUCGAGCUAAGGCGCCACCAGGCCAUCGUCCGCCGGGCUGUGGAGCACCUUCUAGACACGGUGACCAAGGUCAGUACUGGGGAGGGCGCUGAUUACCAGGUGUUGGCACCCCAGUCUGGCGAUGAAGACAAGCAUGCCAUCAAGCCGUGGCUGGACAUGCACGUCAUCAAGAUCAAGCUAGAGUCCUGGCAGCGGGAGCUAGAGAAGAUGGUUGAGCAUGUUGAGGAGCUAUCCCAGACGCUCUAUCAGACCAGGGAGAUUCCCAGCGAGGGAGACAUGAACCCCACGACUCUCCAACCUUAUGAAGACACACAGCUCGACGCUUUCAAGGCGGAGGAAGAACAGAGGGCAAACCUUCGAGCGACAGGCGGGCGAAUCGAGGAGCGGCUGCGGGAUAUCGUCAACCAAUACCGCGAAAUGAUCAGCGAGUCCAUGCUCACCAUGGAAGGCCUGACCCUGGCUACACAAGUAGCGCACACCAGGGCGAAUAUGGAGAUCGCCGAAAAGACAAAAAAGGACGGGGGGCAGAUGAAGUCGAUUGCUGUCCUCACCAUGGUGUUCCUUCCCGGAACAUUCUUCGCCACAUUUUUCUCCAUGAGCUUCUUCAAGUGGGAUCCCCCAUCGGAGGGCGAGGUGGCCUCCCCGAAGCUCUGGGUGUAUUUCCUUGUCACUGUCGUCUUUACCACCCUGACGCUGGCAAUAUACAUGUGGUGGUCCAGAAAACAGUCCGGGAGGGUCACCAGGGGGGACGAUCCUGAGCGUGGUGCCAAGGAGGAUUUGGAGCUUUCCCUCAUUAAUGGAAGGACGAAGUAGUGGAGGAAACGAGCCAGGAUCUCUUGGUUUAUUGUCGAAGCCUGUAGCUGCCCUGUGACCUCUUACGCGCUAUUUAUCCGCUGGCUAACGUUCCAGGUACCUAAACGUGCCCACUGUUCCGCUGCCAGUAUCAAUAUCUUUUUUAUUUUGCUUUUCUCUUGUCCGCGGCCGAAGCAACGCUUGCGCCAGGCAUGUUGGCGCCCAAGGUCUUGUUUCGCACUGAGGCGAGCUACAUUUGGCCCCACUCAGGCCACAAUCAUGGAGGCCUGAGCGCGCAGGCAUUGGUCCACGUUGACUUCUACUGGGCAGGACGGCCUGGACAGAGGGGCCUGAACGGGCUGAUGGCCUGAAAAAAAAACCUGGCCAUUGAUCCUUUUUCACCUAGUGGCGGCCGAUUCUAAAUUUCACGGACGGCAACGUGCGACUAUCGAAACAAAUAACCAUUGGAAACCUGUUCAAAAAUUAGUAUCCUAUACAAAAGGAUCAGCCAGCCGGAUAAAGUCAAUGUGAUCCCGACAAA